AUGGAAGGUGUCACAUUAAUUGAUGCAGCUAGAUCAUGGAUAUAUAAUCCUAAAAGAAAACGAGACAACAAAUGGGAACCAAGGGAAAGAGCAGCAAUUGUUAGAGUUUUUCCUAGGUUUGUAUCUCUUCCUCCACGUGAGUCAAAUAAAUGGAUUGACUUUUGUUUAUCAGAGUUAUUACUCUACAAACCAUUUCGUGACAUAGAAAGGGAUAUUGGUCAUGAUGAUGGCUCUAUGAUAGCAAAUUGGGAGUCAUUUACCUACAAUCCUUGGCAUGUCGAACGCAUAACAAGUAUUGAAAAUGCAGAGGCUAAUACUGAUUCAGAAAUUGAAGAGAAUGAAGCUAUUCAGAGAAAUACCACAGAGCAUGAAUGGGAAAUUAUAUCUAGGCUACAUCAUGGUCAAAAUAUACAAUUUUCAGAAAUAGAUAUGUUGGGGAGAAGAGACAUUGAUAGACAUACAAAUUGGUCUACUGAUUAUCAAGGUGAAGAGUACACAACUACAGCAAUCAGUUUCAUAACUAACAUGAAGGAUCAUGGAUGUCUUAUAUAUGAUGAUAUACCCCAAUGCAUCAACUACAUGACCCUCAGUGAUAAGCAAAAAAAGGCAGUUGAUAUAAUUAUGACACACUAUCAGAGGAGUCAAAAUAAAGUGCCAUUGUUCAUGAUAAUUCAAGGAACAGCAGGUACAGGAAAGUCAUAUUUAAUUGGUGCCAUCAGUCAAGCUCUUGAAAAUGCUGCAAUGCCAUCUCGUUCUCCCCUUCUAUUACUUGCACCAACAGGAGUUGCAGCGUUCAAUAUAAGGGCCUCUAUAGUUCAUUCCAAAUUGAGAAUCCCAAUACGAGAUUUCACUCAACUACAGGGAACAAGACUUGCCAUUUUUCAAGAAGAAAUGGCGCAUAUCAAGUACAUUUUGAUUGAUGAAAUGAGCUUCAUUGGUAUAUCUAUGAUUUUGGUAGGAGAUUUGGGUCAAUUGCCUCCGGUUAAUGAUAGACCUGCAUAUGCCAGUAAUAGACGGGCAAAGCUACUAUGGGAGGAAUUCAAAAUUGUGGUUACUUUAGAUAAAAUAUUCAGACAAGAUGGAGAAAAUAUUCAGCAACAAAGAUUUCGUCAAAUUUUGACAAAUCUAAGAAAUGCAAACCCUCAAAUUGAUGAUUGGAAGCUACUAAUGAUGAGAACCCCUACUAACAUAGAUGUUGCAAGUAAUUCUGAAUUUGAAAAUACUGUCCAUUUGUUCUCCACAAAUGACAAUGUUCAUAGUCAUAAUAAAAAAAUGUUAUAUUCAUUGAGGCAUCCCGUUGCACGAAGUGUUGCAACAAAAGCAGGAAGUGUUAAUAUAGCAGAAGAUUUCUCAACUGGUGAACUUGAUCUAGAGUUAUUGAUCAGUAAGAAUUCAAGGGUCAUGCUAACUUCAAACCUUUGGAUACAAGCAGGUCUUGUAAAUGGAGCUUUGGGAUAUGUUCAAAAGAUUGUCUACAAGCCAGGAAGUGCUCCACCUGACCCACCGACAUAUGUGAUGGUUGAAUUUGAUAAUUACUUAGGAUUACCAUUUGAAGAUCAUCAUCCAAAUACAAUUCCAAUAACACCAAUACAAAAGGGCAGAACACUUCAGCUACCAUUGAGAUUGGCAUGGGCAUUGACUAUACAUAAAUCUCAAGGAUUGACUCUUCCAAAAGUAACUAUCGAUAUAGGACCAAGAGAAAGAACUGGAUUGACAUUUGUUGCAGUAUCUCAUGUAAAAUCUCUAGAGGCUUUGAGAAUAAUGCCACCAUUUACAUAUGAUCGUUAUGAGAAAAUGAAAAAGGGUAGACAACUUGCGAAGCGCAAGGUUGAGGAAAAUAGGCUCAAACUUUUGGAAGAUAAUUGA